AUGUUGCGCACUCACACCUCCUUUGAAAGGACAUCGCAAGCACCGACUGUCGCUGCAAGUAAUUCGAGCACCAUGGAGAAUGAAAAGGACAACCGGGCGCAAACCUCAGAUUCAGACGGUGUUACUGAGACGAUCCCCAGCUUAGCUGCGCCGCCGCUUGCACCUGCACCCACCGAAGCCGAGAAGGUUAUCGACUUAUCGCAUCAGAUCACAGCACGGUCACAGAACUCCAAUGCUCUACGAGAGGUACAGACCAGAGAGGAUGGCACAGAGUACCCGUCAGGCGUCAAGCUUGCAUUGAUUACGCUUGCUCUAUGCUUGAGUGUGUUCCUGGUCGCUUUAGAUAACUCGAUUAUUGCUACUGCGAUCCCCAAAAUCUCGGACUCUUUCCAUAGUCUGGGUGAUGUAGGUUGGUAUGGAAGUGCAUACCUCCUUACCACGGCGGCUCUGCAGCUGAUCUUCGGCAAAUUCUACACCUUCUGGGAUAUCAAGACGGUCUAUUUGACUGCUAUCGCCAUCUUCGAGCUCGGGAGCUUAAUAUGCGGCGUUGCCCAAAACUCGGUUACUCUCAUCGUGGGUCGUGCCGUUGCUGGAGCGGGCUCAGCCGGUAUCUUCUCAGGCGCUCUCCUUAUCCUCGCCCACAGUGUCCCUCUCGCCAAGCGACCUGCCUACAGUGGUCUCAUCGGUGGCAUGUACGGUAUCGCUUCAGUUGCCGGCCCUCUACUUGGAGGUGUCUUCACUGACAAAGCUACGUGGCGAUGGUGUUUCUUCAUCAACCUACCAAUCGGUGCCGUAACGGUCCUGGUCAUCUUCUUCUUCUUCCCUAGCCCGAAGCUGACCAAGCCGAAGGACGAGGUUCUGUUUGAGCGUGUCAAGCGGUUCGACCCAAUGGGUACCGUCGUCUUCAUGCCGGCGAUCAUCUGUCUGCUGCUGGCUCUUCAGUGGGGUGGAACGACGUACGCCUGGAACAACGGCCGCAUCAUUGCGCUGUUCGUCGUCUUUGGUGUGCUCAUUCUGGCAUUUCUUUACAUCCAGUACAACCAGCAGGAGAAUGCGACUGUGCCGCCCCGUAUCAUUGCAAACCGCUCUGUCUGGGCUGGUAGUCUAUAUGCUUUCGGCACCGGCUCGGCUUUCUUUAUCAUGGUUUACUACAUUCCGAUCUGGUUCCAGGCUGUGCAGGGUGCCUCCGCCGUUGACUCUGGUAUCCGCAAUCUGCCUAUGCUCAUUUCCGUCGUCGUCUGCUCGAUCUUUGCUGGCGGUAUGGUUACUGCCCUCGGUCAAUACGCCCCGUUUAUGAUUGCUGGUACAAUCUUGAUGUCUGUUGGCGCUGGUCUGCUUACUAUGUGGAACCCCAACACAUCCACUGGUGUGUGGAUCGGCUAUCAAAUUGUCUUCGGUGCCGGUGUUGGCCUCGGUAUGCAACAGCCCAUUAUGGCAGUUCAAACAGCCCUCGACAUCACAGACGUGCCUACUGGAACUGCGAUUGUGGUGUUCCUUCAGACACUUGGAGGAGCCCUCUUCGUCAGUGUUGGGCAGUCCGUCUUCACGAAUAAGUUGGUGGAAUCUCUCGCUGAAAACCUGCCAUCCCUCAAUCCCGCGGCAGUUCUGGCAGCCGGAGCUACAAACUUGCAGAACACAGUCUCAGCCGAUAUGCUUCCGCUCGUGCAAGCCUCCUACAGCACUGCCCUGACUACCUCUUUCUUCGUGUCUGUCGGACUGGCAGCCUUCACUAUUAUUGGAAGCACGCUCAUCCCAUGGAAGAGUGUGAAGGGCCAGAAUCUUGAGAUGGGCAUGGCGUGA